CAGUUUCGAGACAUUUAAGUCGUUAACAGUUAUAACGCAGUGUAAUGUGAACACCCAGAGGAAUGGAGACUCUUCAGACCAGAUGUUUUUCUAAUCUUCUAUUGUCCAGUUUUGGGGAGGAUUUUGAGAUUUCGUUGCUGAGUUUUGAGAAGCUGGACAGAGCAUCACCUGACCUGUGGCCAGAGCAGUUGCCUGGAGUUGCAGAGUUUGCGGCAACUUGCAAAAAUCCUAUCACCACCUCUCCUCCAAAGUGGAUGGCUGAGUUGGAGAGUGAGGACAUUGAAAUGUUGAAAGAGCUGGGAAGUCUGACUACAGCCAAUCUGAUGGAAAAAGUCAAAGGACUUCAGAAUCUGGCUUACCAGCUGGGUUUAGAGGAGUCCCGAGAAAUGACCAGGGGAAAGUUCCUGAAUAUUCUGGAAAGACCCAAGAAGUGACAUAUUUUAUUCCUAAAGGGAUUUGGAUCUGAGGAUUGCAAAAAAAAAAAAAAUGUACAUUAAAGUUCAGACUGUUCAUUCAAAAUCUAAAACCAGAGCUCCAUGCACAUCUGGAGCUGGUCCUAUCCUCUGAAAGCUUUUAUUUUCUGCUUAUCUGUGAUUUAAUUGUCCCUAUUUAUUAUUAUCUUUUAAAAAUUGAAGGCAUUUUGCAGUUUAUGAUAUUGUAUAAUAAAGUUUUAAAUUACAAAACGGU